AUGACACACACUCGGAGGAAGUCCCUUCCUAUGCUGAGUUCGGGCCCCACUGGCCGCCGGGAGCCCCUGCCAAUGGAAGGCAGCAGUAUCGAGCAAGGGGCGGAGGGCAUGGAGCCAGGCAUGCCAGAGAGCCCUGGACACCUCACAGGGCGCCGCAAGAACUAUCCACUGCGUAAGCGCCCACUGGUUCCUGAGAAGCCCAAGGCCUGUAAAGUGCUGCUGACCCGCUUAGAGAGUGUGGCUGGUCCGCGGAGUGCAGAUGAGGCAGAUGAGCUGCCCCCUGACCUGCCCAAGGCCCCCAGCCUGGUCCCGUCCAGUGAAGACACUGGCCUCACCCAGCCUCGCAAGAGGCGGCUGGCCUCCCUCAAUGCUGAGGCCCUGAAUAACCUAAUUCUGGAGCGGGAAGACACGAGCAGCCUGGCAAAUAGCCGCCGCAGCAGAGGGGGAGACCCUAACCGUAGAGACCGUGACCGGGCCACUGGGGGCUGGUCCUCCUCCAAGAAGCGGCCCCGGCUGGGGGACUUUGGAGGAGGAAGUCGAGACCUGUCUCCAGAGCCAGCACCAGAUGAAGGUGCCCGUCGGGAUAGUGACCCAGCUCCUAAGAGACUGGCCAGCUUGAAUGCAGCUGCCUUCCUGAAGUUGAGCCAAGAGCGGGAGCUACCUUUGCGCCCACCACGUGCACAUCCAGAAGCAGAUGGGUGCUCCACUGAGUCACCAGCACCUAGGGCCCUGCGACCAAAGUGGACCAAGAUAAAUGGCAAAAACUAUCCGAAGGCCCGUCAGGGACCAGGCUCUGGGGAAGCUACAGGCCCACCUAGCUGGGAAGGAUGCCCUGAGGGGCCAUGGCCAUCUGCUACCCCUCAUGAGCCAACUACCCAGCCACUAUGUCAGCCUCUGAGCAAGGCCCUGGAGAGCCCCAUGGGGCUGCGCUCUCACUUGCCUCUGCUGAUGGGUGGGCAGGCAGCCCUGAAGCCAGAUCCUGGGCGCCCAGGCGAGGAGUCACCUGCCCCUAAGCAGGAACUGCACCAACCCUCAUUCCCUGCACCGCAGUUAUCACCCCUGCCAAUGCCCGGCAACCCUGCCGACUAUAGUGGCCUGUGUGGUGGACCUGAGCUCACUGCACUAGGUAGCUUCUAUCUAUACUGUGGCCAAGAUGGGCUGCAGUGUGGGGGCUACACCUCCUGCCCCAUGCUGCCUGAGGGCAAGCUAUCCCCAGUGGCUGCACAUAAUGAGGGGCUCCUCGUGGCCCCAAGCUCAGUGCCUGCAGGCACCCUUUUCCAGCAUCCUCCCUGGGGUUCCCCUCGUUACUGCUCCAGCGAAGACACUGGAGCCAAUGGCUACAGCCUCUGUGGAGUGUUGCCGCUGCCUCUCACCCACGUUGGCACUACUUGUGGUGGCUUUCCCUACAAAAUGCCUUUUGCAGCAGAAGGCUGCAGGUCCCUGGGUCAGCUGGAAUUUCCUCUCCUGGAAGCUGGCCACCCAGCAUCACCAGCACACCCCCUCUCAGGGUGUCCUGUGCCCAGUGUGCCACCUGCAGCAGAACCUGUCCCCCAUCUUCAGACACCCACCUCAGAGCCUCAGACAGUUGCCCGCGCGUGCCCUCAGAGUGCAAAGCCUCCCAGUGGUUCCAAGUCAGGUCUGCGCACGGGCUCUGGCUGUAGGCACACUGUGAGGAGCAAGGCUGCCCGCAGACCCAGCCACCCAAAGCAGUCUCGUGUACAGCGCCCCCGUCCACGCCGCCGUCGCCGUCGCCGCACUAAUGGCUGGGUGCCUGUUGGUGCUGCUUGUGAGAAGGCUGUCUAUGUCUUGGAUGAACCAGAACCAGCUAUCCGAAAGAGCUACCAGGCUGUUGAACGGCAUGGAGAGACGAUCCGAGUCCGGGACACUGUCCUCCUCAAGUCAGGCCCGCGAAAGACGUCUACACCUUAUGUGGCCAAGAUAUCUGCUCUCUGGGAAAAUCCUGAAUCAGGAGAGCUGAUGAUGAGCCUACUUUGGUAUUACAGACCUGAGCACUUGCAGGGAGGCCGAAGUCCCAGCAUGCACGAGCCUUUGCAGAAUGAAGUCUUUGCAUCUCGACAUCAGGACCAGAACAGUGUGGCCUGCAUUGAGGAGAAGUGCUACGUGCUGACCUUUGCUGAGUACUGCAGAUUCUGUGCCAUGGCCAAGCGCCGAGGAGAGGGACUCCCCAGCAGAAAGACAGCACUGGUGCCCCCCUCUGCGGACUACUCUACCCCACCACACCGCACAGUGCCGGAAGACACGGACCCUGAGCUGGUGUUUCUUUGCCGCCAUGUCUAUGACUUCCGUCAUGGCCGCAUCCUCAAGAACCCCCAGUAG